UUCACCGCGGUUCACUUUGCUGCUGCUCUCGCAAGGAGACAUCUCGUUUCUACCAAAAUGUUGUUACAACCUUUGCGCAAUUUAAUAGGGUAAAUUUAUAAUUUCAAGGUAUGUAGAACACAAAGGAAGAAAAACCUGGUAGGAAUAUUUCAAAUUCAACAGUCUGGAGAACAUAAAAAAAACUCCAAAGAAUCCGCACUAUAUAGUAGAUAGAGCCGAGAUGAAGAAGAGAAAUGGUUCUCGCAAGUUGUCCAUCCCGGGAGCAAUGGAGGGAAGCAAGCAUAACAUGAGCUUCCAGGACAAAAGCAGGCGUAGGAAAAGUGUGGCUGCGCAGUUUGCACACCCAGUGGCCGGAGAAACUGUCAAAGAGAGACAGCAACGGAUAAGAGAGAGCCGAGAGUCCAGAAGGAAGAACAUUAAGGAUGAGCAUAAAUUUAUCAUGCGCAUUGUCAGUGACUACCUGGGCACAAUAGAUGCAAGUGCAAUUGAAGAAUUCAUUGUUGAUUCCGAUGAAUCUAUGGAAAUUUUCCAAAGUUUCUUCAAAGUUGGCGGAAGAAGGUCAUUGAUGUUUUUCUUCCAAGAGUGCACUGAUGAAGGGGGCGAGCUGCGUGCACGUGCAGUGAUGCAGACGCCAAAGGCUUCUCCUGCAUACAUCUUGCAUCUGACGGACGGCAUGUCAGAAGGCCUUCAUGGUCAGAUGGUGUAUUGUAUUAGGGCAGAUAAUAAGAAAGAAAUGAAAAUGAAGAUAAUCGGUGAGGAGUGCUCUUUUGGAAAGCUAGAUAUUUCCAAGGAUGGUAUGCUUUCUUCAGUUAAGAAGCAUCUUACAUCAGUCUACGUGCCAUCCAUUCAGGCAAUGGAGAGAUGGGGCGAUUUAUCUGACACACCGCAGGGCAUGCAAGUCAGGCAGGAAUUCCUUGAUUCCUUGGAUAGCUUUGUCAAAUUCACGGAUAGUGCUAGUGCUGGUGCUGCAGAGGCUGUCAAGCUGCAUCCAUGUGAAGUGGUAGACUUCUUAGAUUAUGAGACUCAUGCAGACUUCCAGCAACUCGCUGCCAGUCAGGAGAUCGUUACUGCUCUAGAAGAGCUUGUUGAGUCCUGGUGCAAGCAGGUUGAAAAGGUACUUGCAGAAAGUGAACAGAUGCGCCGUGAGGCCGAUGACACGGGACCCAUGGCGGAACUCGAGCACUGGAAGAUGAGAAUGGCCAAGUUCAACUCGCUUGUCGAGCAGAUCAAGGGGUUUGAGUGUCGCUGUGUCAUCAAAACUCUGCAAAUUGCCAAAUCAAAAGUACUUAAGUGGUGGCGCCAACUGGAUUCCCGAAUCACAGACGCUGCUAACGAAUCUAAAGAUAACGUCAAGUUCUUGUAUACACUGGAGAAGGCGUGUGAGCCGCUCUACCGCACUGACCCGGCGGGUAUGAUUGACUGUAUCGCGGUGCUGAUCAACUCGAUCCAGAUGAUUCAUUCGAUCUCUCGUUACUAUAAUACCUCGCAGCACAUGUCUGCCUUAUUUGUCAAGGUGACAAACCAAAUGGUGGCAGCGUGUAAGAUUUACGUCACGGACCGUGGCAUGACACGAGUGUGGGACCACCCCAGACAACCUCUCAUUGAGAAGCUCAAGGUCUGCCUCAAGCUCAACGCCGAAUACCAGAACUGCUUCCAAAGGACUAAGAAGCGGAUCGCCCGGGACCCAGGCCAGAAGUCAUUUGGCUUCUCUGAGAUGUACAUCUUUUGCAAGUUUGACGCGUUCUGCAAACGAAUUGAAAAGAUCAUCACGGUCCUGAAUGCAUUGGAGACGUUCUCCGUCCUCUCCAAAUCCAAGAUCGAAGGCAUCGAAUCUAUUGCACAGAAAUUCAACCACAUCUAUUCGACUCUGCGCAAGAAGCCCUACGAUCCACUUGACCAUCGCAGAUUAGAUUUCGACACAGAUUUCACUGAGUUCUCACGACAAAUGAAUGAACUGGAGUGCUACUUGGAAAACUUUAUGAAUGCUUGCUUUGCUAAGAUCAAGUCUACAUCGAUUGCCUUGGAACUGUUGUGCAGGUUCGAGAAGCUUGGCAUCCCGAGACUAAAACAACCAAUAGAAGACAAGUUCUCUGAUUUGCUCCAGAUGUUUGGCAAAGAGAUCGAAAUCAUGAAGAAGGUGUAUCAAGCACAGUGCAACUCACCCGAGGUGGCACGUGACCUUCCGCCAAUCGUGGGCCGCAUCACAUGGGCUAAGCAGAUGAUGCGUCAUAUCCGGGACCCAAUGGACGUGUUCGAGAGGCAUCCCUCUUGUUUUCGGACCAACGAGGCCCGUUCCAUCAUCAAGAACUUCAACCAUCUGGCUGCAGUGCUGACUGAGUUUGAAUACAUUUAUCACCAAGGCUGGCUGAGACAGGUUGAUCAGGCCAGGAGUGGUCUGCAAGCGUCUUUGCUCGUUCGGCAUCCGGACUCGGGCGAGCUGUACGUGAACUUUGACCCUCAGUUGUACCAACUUAUCCGCGAGACGGAAUGCAUGAUGAAGAUGAACCUACAGGUCCCUAACAACGCCAAGCUUCUGUACAUGAACCGUCACCAGCUGAAGAAGACAUCCAGCAAGCUCAAGCUCAUGUUGGAAGAAGUUGUGUCGGUGAAGGCAAAUAUCCCUAACAUCUUCCAACCUCUGAUGGCACCGCACAUCGAAAGGGUGGAUGCAGCUAUCAGUCCAGGCAUAACUAUGCUGAACUGGAACUCACUAAACAUCGAGAACUACUGCAAGAACGUCUACACGCGCCUUAGAGAACUGGAUCUGCUCAUAAAAACCGUAAAUGAUAUCCGUGACUCACGGAUCGAUAGUGUACUGAAGGAGAUCAGCGAGAUCACUUUGUGCGAAGUCCCUGAUGAUCAGCCUUGGACAACUGACGAGUUUAUCACCAAAACUCAGAAAAUCUGUAACCGAGUGGGCGGCAUCCUCGAUAAGAAGAGCCUUCAAGUGGAAGAGGCUGUGCACGAGCUCGUCGACAUCUUUAAGUUAUCCCUCGAGCAAAUAGGGGUCCACGAGCUUGGCAGCAAGGCCAAACCCCCGGACAAGGAGAAGGAACGGAAAUCUGAAAGCCGAGAGGGUAAAGAGAAGGAAGGUCAGCGCGAAAAGACACCCAAGCCGACCGACGAGAAAACUCUAGAAGAGGAGAUCGGGGAGCUCAUCCUCUAUUUCAAUCAGAGAACGUUUGACGCGCUGCUUAGAGCGACACGGAAUGCUUUGGACGGUAUCAAGCGACGCGUGUUUUGUAGCAGCUCUACGCGGUCGUUCUCCAAGAGAGCCUUCUAUGUCAGCAACGCACUUGCUGUCGAGAGCUACACCAAAGGACCUUUCUUCAAGGCGGAAAUCACACUCGCUAUUCCACAAGUGAUUAUUCAGCCAUCCCUUGAAGAUAUCCAGCAGGCGCUGAACAAAGCCGCGCAGAGAGUGCUUGAGGUCAGUCGCUCUGUCGGGCAGUGGGGACAGAAACGCUUCAGGACUCUGGGUUUCUACGAUGAGCCAGACCCAAGGGGGACCUUUCAACACACCAAGAAAACUGAACGAGCCGCAACAUCAAAUGAGGAGCUCGCACCUUCCAAGCUCAAGAACUACUACAAAGCGAUAUCGGAGCACAAGGACGUUACCAAACUUCUGAUGAUUCUCACUUCAUCUAUCAGCUCCACCAAGGCUGAAGUGAUUGGAUGUCUGGAUCAGUUUAGCCAGUACCACUUUGUCUGGGAAGGGGACAAGGAAAGUGUUGUCAAGGUAUUCGUGGCGUCGGACCCUUUGCUGUCUGACUUCAGAACCGAGAUCUUGAAGUACCAAACUUUAGAACAGGAGAUUGAGAACAUACCAGCAUCAUUCAGAGUGGGACACGGAGCGAUCGAGUUAUAUUCUGAACCGUUGAAGAUCGCGCUUACUGUUGAGAUUCGCGGCUGGAAGUUGUUGUUCGGUCACAGCAUCAAUAACAAGUACCGUGUUUGCAUGGAUGAGAUCUCGCAGUUCCUGGGAGACUACAGCAAGAGGCUGGGUAGACCUAUCCAGGACUUGGAGGACGUGCGGGGUGCCAUGGCUGCCUUGGAAGACGUGCGCCAGAACGAGAUACGCAUCGAUAUGACACUAGGCCCCGUAGAGGAAGCGUAUGCCAUGCUGAACAAAUUCGAGGUCGCUGUCGCUAGGGAAGAGGUGGAAAGAGUGGACACCUUGAGAUAUUCUUUUGAGAAGCUUCUGGCCCAGGCGAGGGAUAUUCAGAGCCACCUUGUCAAGAUCCAGCCCAAGUUCAAGGCAGACCUCUUGGGCAGCGUCGAAAUUUAUCAACACAACGUCGUCGACUUCACAAGCAACUACGAGGAGAUCGGACCAAUGGUUGGAGGAAUAACUCCGCAGGAAGCUAGCGAAAGACUCAGCGUUUUCCAGAGUCGUUUUGACGAUCUCUGGCGUAAGUUCGUCACCUACUCUGGCGGAGAGCAGCUGUUCGGCCUGGAAGUAACCGAGUACCCAGACUUGGUACGCAUCAAGAAGGAGCUGGGCUUACUGCAGAAGCUCUACGGUCUGUACAACGCGGUGAUUGACGGUGUCAACGGUUACUAUGACAUUCUUUGGACUGAGGUGGAUAUUGAGAAGAUCAACAAUGAGCUGCUAGACUUUCAGAACAGAUGCCGUAAGCUCCCUAAAGCUUUAAAGGAGUGGGACGCUUUCAAUGAGCUCAAAAAGAAAAUCGACGACUUCAACGAAUGCUGUCCACUUCUUGAAUUGAUGGCGAACAAGGCGAUGAAGGAGAGGCAUUGGGAACGCCUUUCCAACCUAACCGGCCAUAAGUUUGAUGUGGAGAAUGAAAACUUUCUGCUUCGAAACAUCAUGGAGGCGCCUCUACUCAAACACAAGGAAGAUAUUGAGGAUAUCUGCAUCUCGGCUGUCAAGGAGAAGGAUAUUGAGGCCAAACUGAGCCAGGUGGUGGCAGACUGGAAGUCACAAGAGUUCAGCUUUGCAAGCUUCAAGAAUCGCGGUGAACUGCUACUGAAAGGUGGAGAGACAACUGAGAUUGUGUCACUUUUAGAAGACAGCUUGAUGGUCCUGGGUUCUCUGCUUAGCAACAGAUACAAUGCUCCAUUCAAAAAGGACAUCCAGUCAUGGGUGCAGAAGUUGUCAAACACGUCGGACAUUAUCGAGAACUGGAUGGUGGUGCAGAAUUUAUGGGUCUACUUGGAAGCCGUAUUCGUGGGUGGUGACAUCGCUAAACAACUACCUAAGGAAGCAAAGAGGUUCGGGAACAUCGACAAGUCGUGGGUGAAAAUCAUGACACGUGCGCACGAGACAUCUAAUGUAGUCACGUGCUGUGUAGGAGACGAGACCAUGGGCCAGCUGCUACCUCAUCUACUAGAGCAGCUUGAGCUCUGUCAGAAAUCCCUUACAGGAUAUCUCGAGAAGAAGCGACUCGUGUUUCCUCGAUUCUUUUUCGUGUCGGAUCCUGCGCUGCUCGAGAUUCUCGGUCAAGCUAGUGACUCGCAUACAAUCCAGGCUCACCUGUUAAACGUCUUUGACAAUGUGAAAACUGUGGAUUUCCACGAGAAAGAUUACGACAGGAUUCUAUCCAUUGUGUCGUCUGAAGGUGAAACCGUUCCGCUUGAGACAGCCGUGAUGGCAAAAGGCAACGUCGAGAUCUGGCUUGGUGACCUGCUGAAUCAGGCAAUGAGUUCCUUGCACGGUGUCAUCAGGGAUGCGUUCCACGCCAUCAACGACCCUGCGUUCGCACUCAUGUCCUUCAUGAAUACCUUUCCAGCCCAGGUUGGCUUGCUUGGCAUUCAGAUGAUAUGGACCCGGGACGCAGAAGAAGCGCUCAAACACGCGCGUCACGACAAGAAAAUCAUGGCGUCCACCAACCAGAAGUUUCUGAACCUGCUGAACUCCCUUAUCGACGUCACAACUCAAGAGCUCACCAAGAUGGAGCGCACCAAGUUCGAGACGCUCGUCACCAUCCACGUGCAUCAGAGGGACAUCUUUGACGAUCUGGUAAAGAUGCAUAUCCGGUCAGUUACAGACUUCGAAUGGCUCAAACAGUCUCGCUUCUACUUCAAAGAGGAUAUCGACGACUGCAUAGUUUCCAUUACUGACGUAGAUUUCAGCUACCAAAACGAGUUCCUGGGUUGCACUGACAGGCUUGUCAUCACCCCGCUAACCGAUAGAUGUUACAUCACGCUCGCCCAGGCGCUGGGCAUGUCCAUGGGAGGAGCUCCCGCCGGCCCUGCAGGGACAGGCAAGACGGAGACGACUAAAGACAUGGGUAAAGCCCUUGGCAAGUACGUGGUGGUAUUUAACUGCUCUGAUCAGAUGGACUUCCGUGGAUUAGGAAGAAUCUACAAGGGUCUUGCUCAGUCCGGCAGUUGGGGGUGCUUUGACGAGUUUAACCGUAUUGAGCUCCCUGUGCUCUCCGUGGCUGCGCAACAAAUCUACAUCGUGCUGACCGCCAAAAAAGACCGAAAAACGCAGUUUAUUUUCUCUGAUGGGGACGUGGUUGACCUAAAUCCUGAGUUCGGUAUCUUCCUCACAAUGAAUCCUGGCUAUGCCGGUCGUCAGGAGCUGCCUGAGAACCUCAAAAUCCAGUUCCGAACUGUCGCUAUGAUGGUUCCCGAUAGACAGAUCAUCAUGCGUGUCAAGCUUGCCAGUUGUGGUUUCAUCGAGAACGUCAUCUUGGCACAGAAGUUUUACACGUUAUACAAACUCUGCGAAGAGCAGCUCAGCAAACAGGUUCACUACGAUUUCGGUCUGCGUAACAUCCUGUCUGUGCUUCGUACACUGGGCGCAGCCAAACGUGCUAGUCCUCAAGACAGCGAGUCCACAACCGUCAUGAGAGUGUUGCGUGACAUGAACCUCUCCAAGCUGGUCGAUGAGGAUGAGCCACUUUUCCUGAGCCUCAUAAACGAUCUCUUCCCUGGCAUCACCUUGGACAAGGCUGGUUAUCCAGAGCUGGAGGCUGCCAUACAAAAGAACACGGAAAACGCCGGACUCAUAUUCCACCCACCCUGGGUACUUAAACUCAUUCAGCUUUACGAGACUCAGCGUGUGCGCCACGGCAUGAUGGCACUCGGUCCUAGUGGCGCAGGCAAGACGGCUUGUAUCAACGUGCUGAUGAAGGCCAUGGGUGAAUGUGGACAGCCUCAUCGCGAGCUCAGAAUGAACCCCAAGGCCAUCACGGCGCCGCAGAUGUUCGGGCGACUUGACGUCGCCACCAAUGACUGGACAGACGGUAUCUUCUCAACUCUAUGGAGAAAGACUCUCAAGGCCAAGAAAGGUGAGAAUAUCUGGAUCGUGCUGGACGGUCCCGUGGACGCCAUCUGGAUCGAGAACCUGAACAGCGUGCUGGAUGAUAACAAGACCCUGACGCUCGCAAACGGAGAUAGGAUUCCUAUGAGCCCUCAGUGUAAAGUCGUGUUCGAGCCACACAACAUCGACAACGCGUCACCCGCUACUGUGUCACGCAACGGCAUGGUGUACAUGAGCUCUUCCGUCAUGGACUGGAAACCUAUACUCAAGGCUUGGUUGAACUCCCGCGAGCCUAAAGAGCACGACGUUUUUGAGCAGCUUUUCGACUGUGUCUUUGAUGAAUUGCACACCUACAUGAAGCAGAGCUUGCACCCCAAGAUGGACGUACUGGAGUGUAAUGUCAUUGCGCAGUGCCUUGAUAUCCUUCAAGGGUUAAUCCCUUCCAAGGAGGAGCACGGUAUCCUUUCCGCCUCCCAUCUAAGCCGCCUGUUCGUAUUCGCACUGAUGUGGGGCGUAGGUGCCUUGCUGGAGCUAGAGGAUCGAGCCAAGAUGGAGGAGUUCCUAGUUGAUCAUGGCAAGCUAGAUCUGCCCAAGCUAGCAGAGGGUAGCCAUGAAACAAUCUUUGAGUUUGUUGUCGAUAGUAAAGGCGAGUGGGAGCAUUGGAAUAACCGAGUGGAAGAAUGGGUCUACCCCACUGACUCCAAGCCAGAUUACGCGUCGAUCCUUGUGCCCAACGUGGACAACGUGCGCACCAACUUUCUAGUCGACACUAUCGCCAAACAGAGCAAGGCGGUACUUCUGAUAGGUGAACAAGGGACGGCCAAGACGGUCAUGAUCAAAGGCUACAUGUCGACCUAUAACCCUGAGCUGCACAUGACCAAAAGCUCGAACUUCUCUUCUGCUACAACGCCUUUACUUUUCCAGCGUACUAUCGAGAGCUAUGUGGACAAGCGAGUCGGCACGACGUACGGCCCCCCUGCGGGUCGCAAGAUGACAGCAUUCAUUGACGACAUCAACAUGCCAAUCAUCAACGAGUGGGGGGAUCAGAUCACGAAUGAAAUCGUCCGUCAACUGAUGGAGAUGAAGGGCUUUUAUAACCUCGAGAAACCUGGCGAGUUCACGCACAUCGUAGAUAUCCAGUUCCUUGCCGCAAUGAUCCACCCGGGUGGAGGGCGUAAUGACAUUCCUGAGCGACUAAAGAGGCAAUUCUCCAUCUUCAACUGCACGCUACCCUCUAACACCUCUAUCGACAAGAUCUUUGGUGUGAUUGGAUGUGGGUGGUUCUGUCCAGAGCGAUUUAACUCAGAAGUUUCUGACAUUAUCAAGCAGCUUGUGGUGUGCACCAGAAUUUUGUGGCAGCAAACCAAGAUCAAGAUGUUACCGACACCUGCAAAGUUCCACUACAUCUUUAACUUGCGUGACUUGUCACGAAUCUGGGAAGGCAUGCUGAACGUGACAGGCGACGAGAUCGACAGUAGAAAGCUAGCAUUGGCAUUGUGGAAACACGAGGUCACCCGAGUAAUCGCCGACCGCUUCACGAACGAGGUCGACAGGGAGUGGUUCGAAAAGCAAAUAACCAAAACCCUUGUCGAUACAGUAGGCGAUGACGCAGCCGGCGAACUCAUGGCAGAGCCUUUCUUCGUCGACUUUCUUAGGGAUGCGCCUGAGGUAACGGGAGAGGAACCUGAAGAUGCUGACCUGGAUGCGCCGAAGAUAUACGAGUUGGUGCCAAGUCUGGAGUUCUUGAACGAGAAGCUCGGCAUGUACAUGAUGAUGUACAACGACACCGUGAGAGGAGGUCACCUCGACUUGGUGUUCUUCAAGGAUGCCAUGAUUCAUCUGGUUAAGGUGUCCCGAAUUAUCCGUACACCUUGCGGUAACGCACUGCUCGUGGGUGUCGGAGGGUCGGGCAAGCAAUCUCUCACCAGACUCGCCUCCUUCAUUGCUGGCUACAAGAUGUUCCAGAUUACUCUAACAAGGUCGUACAAUGCUACUAACCUGAUGGACGACCUCAAGUAUUUGUACCGCGUGGCGGGGUCAGACGGACAAGGGAUCACCUUCAUCUUCACCGACAACGAGAUCAAGGAUGAGGCCUUCCUCGAGUUCCUCAACAACGUCCUGUCUUCAGGAGAGGUGUCCAAUCUUUUCGCUCGGGAUGAGCUGGACGAGAUCACGCAGAAUUUAAUUUCGGUGAUGAAGAAGGAGUUGCCGCGCGUGCCGCCCACACAGGACAAUCUGUAUAACUACUUCAUCUCCCGAGCACGCAAAAACCUGCAUGUCGUCCUCUGCUUCUCUCCGGUUGGGGAAAAGUUCCGUAACCGUUCACUGAAAUUCCCUGGACUCAUCAGUGGCUGCACCAUGGACUGGUUCACGCGCUGGCCAAAAGACGCGUUGAUCGCUGUCGCAGACUACUUCCUGUCCAAGUUCGAGAUCGUCUGCUCAGCAGAGAUCAAGCAAAAGGUCGUGCAGACCAUGGGUGUAGUGCACGACAUGGUCGCCGAGGCCUGCAUAGAGUACUUCGAUCGGUUCCGCCGUCAAACACACGUGACCCCCAAAUCCUACCUGUCCUUCCUUGACGGAUAUAAGACUAUCUACGCUGAGAACAAGGGCCACAUCGGCGAGCUCGCAAACCGCAUGAAGACUGGGCUGGACAAGCUGGUAGAAGCGACUAUGUCUGUUAAUCAGCUAUCUAAGGAGCUAGUGGUGAAGGAGAAAGAUUUGGCUGUGGCUUCCGUGAAAGCUGACAAGGUGUUGGCAGAGGUGACAGUAAGUGCUCAAGCCGCGGAGAAGGUGAAGGCGUCCGUACAGAAAGUGAAGGACAAAGCUCAAAUCAUCGUAGAUGAGAUCAAUGCAGACAAAGUUGUAGCUGAAGGCAAGUUGGCAGCUGCAAAGCCUGCUCUCGAAGAAGCAGAGGCAGCGCUACAGACCAUUAAAGCGGCUGAUAUCUCUACCGUGCGUAAGCUGGCUAAACCUCCUCAUCUCAUCAUGCGCAUCAUGGACUGUGUGCUACUGCUCUUCCGACGCAGCAUCUCGAAUGUGGUCCCUGACUUUGAUCGCGGCUGCCCCACGCCCAGCUGGGGCGAGGCCCAAAAGCUCAUGAGUUCAAGUGGAUUCCUGCAAGCGCUCAUGAACUUUCAGAAAGACACUAUCAACGAGGAAACAGUGGAGCUGCUACAGCCAUAUCUUGAGAUGGAAGACUACAAUCUGGAGACCGCCAAAAAGGUUUGCGGUAACGUAGCCGGCCUUUGCUCAUGGACACAAGCAAUGUCCUUCUUCUACGGAGUAAACAAAGAAGUGCUGCCGCUCAAGGCAAAUCUGAUCGUACAAGAGGCGCGUCUCAAGGUUGCCAUGGGAGACCUGAACAAAGCUCAGGGGCAGCUGGACGAGAAGCAGGCGGAGCUGGAUAAGGUGCAGGCCAUGUACGACGCAGCCGUCGGCGAGAAGCAGACUCUUCUGGACGAUGCUGAAUCGUGCAAGAAUAAGAUGGUUGCCGCGUCUGCGCUCAUUAAUGGACUCGGUGGGGAGAAGGAACGUUGGACCCAGCAGAGCAAAGAGUUCCAGGCUCAGAUAGGAAGACUUGUCGGUGACGUGCUGCUCGCCACGGGCUUCCUGUCGUACUCUGGUCCGUUCAAUCAGACUUUCCGCACGCUUCUGUCAGCGAGAUGGCAACAGGAGUUGGAAGCAAACAAGAUCCCAUUCACCGAGAAUCUGAACCUGACGUCUAUGCUUGCAGACCCCGCAACAAUUGGUGAAUGGAAUCUCCAAGGUCUCCCCACGGACGAUCUCUCUAUUCAAAAUGGCAUAAUCGUCAAUAAAGCUACGCGGUAUCCACUGCUCAUCGACCCACAGACUCAAGGAAAGGCUUGGCUUCUUAAUCGGGAGAAAGCCAACGAUCUACAGGUAACAUCGCUAAACCAUAAGUACUUCAGGAAUCAUUUGGAAGAUUCCCUUAGUCUCGGCAGGCCUAUGCUGAUUGAGGACGUUGGAGAAGAGCUUGACCCCGCCCUGGACAACGUACUCGAAAAGAACUUUAUCAAGUCCGGCUCCACAUACAAGGUCAAAGUGGGGGACAAAGAGUGCGACGUCAUGAGCGGGUUUACCAUGUAUAUCACCACCAAGCUUGGCAAUCCGGCAUACACACCAGAGAUCAGUGCCCGUACUGCUAUCAUCGACUUUACCGUGACCAUGAAGGGUUUGGAAGAACAGCUCCUAGGACGCGUCAUCAACACUGAGAAGGAGGAACUCGAGGCGGAGCGUGUGAAGCUAAUGGAGGACGUGACCAGUAACAAGAGAAAGAUGAAGGAGCUUGAGGACAACCUGCUAUACAGGCUCACGAGCACCAAGGGUUCCCUUGUUGAAGACGAAUCUCUGGUAGCUGUGCUCAAGAUAACCAAGGAGACAGCUGAAGAAGUGAGCGAGAAGCUGGCGAUUGCUGCUGAGACUGAGACCAAAAUCAACCUGGCUCGCGAGGAGUUCCGUCCGGUGGCAACGCGUGGCAGCAUCCUGUACUUCCUGAUUGUUGAAAUGAGCAUGGUCAAUAUCAUGUACCAGACGUCACUUAGACAAUUCCUGGGCGUGUUCGACAUGUCCAUGGCAAGGUCUGAGAAGUCGCCGAUCCCGGCUAAGCGCAUCCAGAACAUCAUCGAGUUCCUGACGUAUGAGGUGUUCAAGUACUCGUGCCGCGGUCUGUACGAGAACCACAAGUUCCUGUUCACGCUGCUGCUGGCGCUCAAGAUAGAGAUCCAGGACGGCAAGGUCAAGAACCAGGAGUUCCAGACGCUCAUCAAGGGUGGCGCGGCGCUUGAUCUGAAGGCGUGCCCUGCGAAGCCGUUCAAGUGGAUCACGGACAUGACAUGGCUGAAUCUAGUCGAGCUGAGCAAGUUACCGCAGUUCUCAGGCAUCUUAGAUCAGGUGCGGCGUAAUGACAACGGGUGGCGGAGCUGGUUCGAUAAGGACGCACCUGAAGAGCACCCUAUCCCUGAUGGCUAUCAUACGUCACUGGACACCUUCCGUAAACUGCUGCUUGUCAGGUCUUGGUGUCCCGACCGUACCCUCCCCCAAGCGCGUAAGUACAUCGCGGACGCCAUGGGCGAAAGAUACGCGGAGGGAGUCAUCCUGAACCUGGAGGCUACCUGGGAGGAGAGCGACACCAAGACACCGCUCAUCUGUUUCCUGUCCAUGGGUUCUGACCCUACAGGCUCAAUCGAGUCCCUGGCGAAGCGCAAGGGCAUAGAGUGUCGUGCAGUGUCUAUGGGUCAAGGCCAGGAAGUGCACGCAAGAAGACUGAUCCAACAGUCCUGUGCUACUGGCGGUUGGGUGCUGCUACAAAACUGCCAUCUUGGACUGAACUUCAUGGAUGAGCUGUUGGAAACCGUGACUAAUACAGAAAACGCACAUGAGACGUUCCGCACGUGGAUCACAUGCGAGGCCCACCCACAGUUCCCCAUCAGCCUCCUACAGUCGUCCAUCAAGUUCACCAACGAGCCGCCUCAGGGCGUGAAGCCGGGUCUAAAGCGAACGUACGCCGGCAUCACUCAGGACCAGCUGGAUAUCACGAACAUGCCGCAGUGGAAGCCUAUACUCUACGCUGUCGCCUUCCUGCACACUGUUGUACAGGAGCGUCGUAAGUUUGGCCCUCUGGGUUGGAACAUUCCGUACGAGUUCAACCAGGCAGACUUCACGGCAAGUGUACAGUUCAUACAGAACCACUUGGACGACUUGGAUAUCAAGAAGGGGAUCUCGUGGAACACAGUGCGCUACAUGCUGGGUGAGGUACAGUACGGAGGACGUGUCACAGACGACUACGACAAGAGGCUUCUCAACACCUUUGCCAAGGUGUGGUUCGGGGAGCACAUGUUUCCAGAUGACUUCUGCUUCUACACUAGUUAUCCGAUCCCCAAGUGCAAGACGCUUGAGCAGUUUAUGGAGGCAAUACAGGCAAUGCCCUCCACUGACACGCCGCAGGUGUUCGGCUUGCAUCCAAACGCUGACAUCACAUACCAGAGCAAUACCGCCAAAGAGGUACUGGACACCAUAAUGAGUAUUCAGCCUAAGGACAGCGGUGGUGGCGCAGGCGAGACACGCGAGAGCAUCGUCAUGCGUAUGGCUAACGACAUGCUGGAGAAACUUCCGCCAGACUACAUCCCGCAUGAGGUUAAAUCCCGCCUGCAAAAGAUGGGUGCGCUGACCUCCAUGAACAUCUUCCUGCGGCAAGAGAUCGACCGGAUGCAGCGUGUCAUCACCUUAGUCAGGCACACCUUGACCGACCUCAACCUUGCUAUAGAGGGCACGAUCAUCAUGAGUGAGAAUCUUCGUGAUGCGUUGGAUAACAUGUACGACGCACGGGUCCCUGCACUCUGGAGAAAAAUCUCGUGGGAGUCGUCCACGUUAGGAUUCUGGUUCACUGAGUUCUUGGAGAGGAACUCUCAGUUCUCCGCAUGGCUGUUCCAGGGCCGUCCGAACACAUUCUGGAUGACGGGUUUCUUCAAUCCUCAAGGUUUCCUGACUGCCAUGAGACAAGAAGUGACGCGUGCGCACAAGGGCUGGGCUCUGGACUCGGUGGUAUUACACAACGACGUCAUAAAGCAGAUGAAGGAGGACAUCACAUCGCCUCCAGCGGAAGGGGUAUACAUCUAUGGUCUGUACCUAGACGGUGCCAGUUGGGACCGCCGCGGCUGCAAGCUUGUCGAGUCGCAGCCCAAAGUCCUCUUCACCAACCUACCCGUAGUUCACGUGUACGCGGUCAACUCCACCGCGCCUAAGGAUCCACGCCUGUACCAGUGCCCCGUGUACAAGAAGCCUCAGCGUACAGACCUGACUUACAUCACACCCCUGUGGCUCAAGACCGUGCAGAACCCCGACCACUGGAUCAUGCGUGGCGUGGCUUUGUUGUGUGAUAUUAAGUAGAGAUGGCGCUUCUCGCCGAACUUAUUCAUAGCCGUCACGUUUACUUUGAUGUACUUGCUUAUGAUUUCCUGGAGUUUCUUGUGAAGGAUAACAAUGUUAUGAUUAUACAGAGAAGAGAACAAUAAAUUAUGUAACUAUUGUGAAAAAAA